CCCAUUCUCCACAAUUACACCAAUCCAAUUCCGAACCACUUAUAACCUCCCCACCAGAGCUAGGCUCAGUAGUUUCCCGGCGACCCUGAAAUGGCUUCUCUGGCUGCAUCCACGGCAGCUGCCUCCCUUGGUGUGUCUGAAAUGCUCGGGAACCCUCUCAACUUCAGCGGUGCUGCAAGGGCAUCAGCUCCAACCGCCUCCAGCCCGGCCACCUUCAAGACUGUUGCACUUUUCUCCAAGAAGAAGGCACCGCCACCCAAGUCCAAGCCUGCUGCUGUUUCUCCGAUAAGCGAAGAGCUUGCCAAGUGGUAUGGUCCCGACAGAAGGAUUUUCUUGCCGGAUGGUCUCUUGGACCGAUCUGAGAUCCCGGAAUACUUGACCGGAGAAGUACCCGGAGACUAUGGUUAUGAUCCAUUUGGGCUUAGCAAGAAGCCAGAGGACUUCGCCAAAUAUCAGGCAUUUGAGUUGAUUCACGGCCGUUGGGCCAUGCUUGGUGCGGCCGGAUUCAUUAUCCCAGAGGCCUUCAACAAAUUUGGUGCCAACUGUGGCCCCGAGGCUGUGUGGUUCAAGACCGGAGCCCUAUUGCUCGAUGGGAACACAUUGAACUACUUUGGGAAGAACAUCCCCAUCAAUCUCGUUCUUGCUGUCGUUGCUGAGGUUGUUCUUGUUGGUGGUGCAGAAUAUUACAGAAUCACCAAUGGCUUGGACUUGGAGGACAAGCUUCACCCAGGUGGUCCAUUUGAUCCAUUGGGGCUUGCAAAUGACCCGGACCAGGCUGCAAUUCUAAAGGUGAAGGAGAUUAAGAAUGGUAGGCUUGCAAUGUUUGCGAUGCUGGGUUUCUUCAUUCAAGCCUAUGUGACCGGAGAAGGCCCUGUUGAGAACCUUGCAAAACAUCUCAGCGAUCCCUUUGGCAACAACUUGCUCACUGUGAUUGCUGGAACUGCGGAAAGAGCUCCAACUCUGUGAUUUUUUUUUUUUUUUUUUUAGAGUUUUCCUCUCUUGCUAGCUCCAUGCACGCAGAAGCUUAGAUGCAUUGUAAAUUAAUGUUGGUCGUCAUGCACUGAUGAGACGGUUUCUAAGGCAUGCAAUUGCAACCUCUUAAUCUUGAACUCAAUCAUGUCCAACUGUACGUGUUUUAAUUUACAGAGAAGAAUUCUCUGCCAGCAGAGCUGGUUGUAGCAGUCA